UAGAAAAAGUGCCAUAUAAAUAAAUAUUAUUUUUUAUUGUCAUAAACAAUAAUUUCAACGUUGCAUACUCACAUCAAUUGAGUCAAAUCCAAAUGUGACAAAGUGAUGUAAAUUUAGAAAAUGCAUGAUGAUUGAUUUUGCGCAUUUAUUAAUCAGAUGACAGUGUACUAUUAUUGUGUUCGACGUUUGAUGAAUUUAUGAAGUGUUAUUUGGAUGAUUUAUUACUGAUUUAAAACUUGAUUGAUAUUUAUUAAAACAAUUGACAAAAUGUCAUGUGAUUCGGAUAGUGAGAUAAACAGCAUGAAAAAUGUCAAUUAUUUUCGACGGUAUUUGUCACAGGCAGUUUGUGGCCACCACCGUCGAAAAUAUGCUGCAAUUUGAUAUGGGUCUGUGCAAUUUUUUCCCAUUUUUGGUGAUAGCUGCAUUGGAUAACACGGGAAAGAGUAAAAAUCGUCAUAAUCUUGAUGAAAAACUGUUCUUCUCAUCAGUUCAGGCCAGUUGGAUGGGUAGUAUCGGUUACGUAACUGAGCCUAUUGGAAGCAUUUUAUCAGCAUUAUUUACAGACGUAUUGGGACGAAAAACGUCCAUGAUGAUCGUGAAUAUACCGAUUGUAAUUGGAUGGUUCAUGAUGUACAACGCAAGCAGCGUUUCGGACAUUUUUGUGGCCAAUUCAUUGCUGGGCCUCGGUGCUGGGCUUAUGGAAUCGCCGGUUAUAUUAUAUGUGGCCGAAGUUUGUGAGCCGAAAUUCAGAGGGAUAAUGAUCGCAUAUACCCACGUCGGAUGGACGCUUGGAAUGCUUUUUGUUUCGGUGUUGAAUACAUUGAUGCCUUGGCGUAUGGUUGCCUUAAUUUGUAUGACGUUACCCAUUUUGACUGCAAUUGCUCUUUUGUUUGUGCCAGAGACACCCCAUUGGUUACUUUCUAAAAAUCGUGUAAAUGAGGCAGAAAAAUCGUUAGCCUGGCUGCGUGGAUGGGUGCCAAAAGAGGCAGUAGCUGAUGAGCUUCGGUCGUUGCAACGUUAUUCAGAACGUUACAAAUCAUGCGGUGAAUGUAUCAAACAAAAUCAAGAAUGUUAUCAUCCGCCACCGACUCUCUUUGAAAAAUUGAAAGAGCUCAAACGAAAACAAACGCUCAAGCCAUUCUUCAUUGUCAUUUGCUUAUUCAUGAUUGCACUAUUUUCUGGCAUAUUUGCAAUGACACCAUUUAUCGUUAAGAUAUUCAAAGCAUACGACAUCCCAAUGCAAGAAGAUCAAGCGGCGGCUUAUUUAGCGGGGGCAAAUAAUUUGGGGAAUGUCAUCUUUUUGGUCUUGAUUCGAUUCAUUGGGAAACGGAGAUUGUAUCUCACAAUGCUUAUGAUCGUGCUUUUGUGCUCUGCCAUCGUUUCGGGCUAUGGAUUUUGGAUUUUACCUACUGGCUAUAAUUCGUUUGAAUCGCCCAAGUUUUCAUUAGAUAACAAAGAAAACGGAUACAUUCCAUUUGUUUGCAUUCUUAUUUGGAGUUUUUGUUCGUUCUGCGGUGUCAAUAUCAUGCCAUGGCAAAUGCUGUCGGAGGUAUUCCCGUACAAAACGAGAGCAAUAUCAACAGGACUUACUGCUGCAUUGAACUAUGUGCUAAGUUUCAUUUCAAUCAAAACUUAUUACAACUUGGAGACAGCAUUUUCACUGCCCGGUGUUGCGUUUUUCAACUGCAUUAUAAUUGCGUUUGGUUUGGUACUAAUGUAUAACAUUUUACCGGAAACUGAAAAUCGCACACUCGAAGAGAUUGAGUUACAUUUUGCCGACAAUUCGAAGAAAAUCACGGAUCGUAUUAUUGCACCGAUGUGCACACAACAAAAAGACUAUGAUAAAAACAACGCUGAAAUACAACUCAAACAAAUUUCAGUCAUUAAAAAUGAUGAGUUGCGAAUAAACUACGGCAAUGGCAUUGCUAAUCAUAUAUUUCCAGAGAAAAGUUAGAACACACUGAAUUUAAGCAAUAUAGUCUAGAGCUAACCAAAUGAAUGGUAAAUGAAUUUUGAUUCAAGAGAAAGAUCUUAAAGUUUAAAAAAAAUUGGUUUUUACUCAAUCACCAUCAAAAUUCUGAAAAUGAUUAAAGCCCAAUUGAAGCGGGAGUGUAAUAAACGAAAAAAAUAGAAAAUUCUCAGUCAAUUUUUUUUUCGAAAAACUACAAUAACGCCUUUAUGUCGAUCACGUUUCGACUUGGUGCCCGAUAAAACAAUGGCAGUUUAAUGAAUGAUUCUGAUACCAACUAUGUUGCAAAGAGAAAAAAUGCUUUAUUUUAGAAUUUCACUGUGAUAAUUGAAGUAGACUAGACUUAAUUUGCUAGAUUAAGUAUAUUUUUGUGACAAUGUAUAAUAAAUUUUCGCUUUUUUGCUUAUAAAA